CCUCUGUAUUCCCAGGAAUGUCCAGAGGAGAAGGUCCCAGAGAAUCCUCAGAUAACAAAUCAAGAUCUGAUUAUUAUUAAAGUGGAGGAUGAAGAUGAGAGGGUGAUGGGCGAUCCCCCAUGUAAAAGUGAGGUGGAAGAGGACAUUCUAGAUGUCACCACAGAAAAUCCCAGUAAGAAUUCUGAGGGAAGCCUCAUGUUAUCACUAAAUUAUAAAGCAGAAGAUGAAGAUAUCAUGCAGCGCACUUCAGGAGAAAACCUUAAUGUUCAUCAGAGACUUCACAGUACAGAGCUAUCAUAUAAUCCCCCUAAUCAUGAGGAACCUUCUCCUGACCAAUCACAGAUUGUUACCACAAGUACAGGUCAGAAAGGGGGUAAAAGGUUUCAAAGUGGUAAAGAGUUCACAAAAAGCUCAGGUCUUACUACACACAGAAGAAUUCACACGGGGGAGAAGCCAUAUUCAUGUUCAGAAUGUGGGAAGUGCUUUACAAAGAAAUCGCAUCUUGUUACACAUGAGAGAAGUCACACAGGGGAGAGACCAUAUUCAUGUUCAGAAUGUGGGAAAUGUUUUACACAGAAAUCACAUCUUAUUACACAUGAGAGGAUUCACACAGGAGAGAAGCCAUAUUCAUGUGCAGAAUGUGGGAAAUGCUUUUCAGAUAAAUCAAGUCUUGUUAUACAUGAGAGAACUCAUACAGGAGAGAAACCAUAUUCAUGUUCAGAAUGUGGUAAAUGUUUUACACGGAAAUCAUCUCUUGUUACACAUCAGAGUUUUCACACAGAAAGAAAGUCAUAUGCAUGUCCAGAAUGCGGAAAAUGUUUUACACGUAAAUCAAAUCUUGGUAAACAUGGUAAAAUCCACAGGGGAGAGAAGCCAUACUCAUGUUCAGAAUGUGGGAAACAUUUUGCACAUAAAUCAAAUCUUGUUACACAUGAGAAUACUCACACAGGAGAAAAGCCAUAUUCAUGUUUAGAAUGUGGGAAAUGUUUUGAGGAAAAGUAUUGUGGAGAUAAGGAACAGAAGAAGAGCCUUGUUUACUUCCAGGGCAGUGAAGAUGAAUUGCCCCCAUGA